AAAAUCUUGAUUGUUUGAGUCUGUAUCUAUGUAAAUAACUUUAAGAGUUUACAUAACUUCUCUUCUCAAGUCGGACGUCUGGAUCGUCGACAGCUGUGUACCACUGCACCAAUGUCUCUCUUCCCCAGAAUAAGAUACAUGAAAGCCUUGGUCCGCUGCAACCGAUCUACUUUCACUGCACAUCGUUCAAGGCACUUUUCCCUGUUCCCUGGCCGUGCUCAAGGAACCCAUAUACCAAAAGGCCAACCAUUUUAUGAACUCAAGAAGCCCAGUAUCUUAAUCAAGUUCACCUGGACACUUCUCAUAGCUGAUGCGGUCUGCACACUAGCAAUGUGCGAGCUUUCCUGGAACCAUUUUACGCGUCCUGUGGAACCCACCGAGUCCACAAUAUCCGAUAACUCCAAUACGAUUGGCAAUAAGCCGCAGUAUGAACUCCGUCCGACAUACCAGCGUGCUGGUCUGGUCUUUAUGCAUCUCGCGUUUGGAGGUUGGGUGGCAUUUAUGGUUGGCAUGAAAAGUGGAAUGAAUGUAAAGAGGAUAUGGCUUACUCCACCACAUAUCACGUCGACCCGGAAAGCAUUUGCGCGUCCAAAGGUCGCGACUUUUGAAGGCUUCGGCAGUUUUGGUCUACGGGGUGAUGUACUGGACAUGAAAAAUUGCCGCUUAUCCACUGCAGAACCCGCAAACGAACUGACAUUGAUUGUUACCACACCGGGGAAUAAAAUACAGCAACUUUCGCUCGCGACAAAAGGCGUUUAUAUUGAUGGAAAGCCUGUUUCACGCGAUGAAGUCUGCACUUCGCUCUCGCAAGUAUUCGGAAAUAAGAAGCCCGAACCUGCGUCCUGGAUAAGUGGACCUAUUCUAGAUGCACAGAAAUCAUGAUCAAACUUGAACUCGGGCAGGAUGGAAACUCGAGAGCCUGCUGUUAGCCAGUCGCAGCUGACAGCUUACAACCCAUACCCCCUCGACCAGAUUGAGGCGAUACAGUUAUCGUAGCACGUCCUUAUGUAUCCACUAAGAGGUGUGUGCGUAAUUAAGCAAACAUGCCGCAUCACUACUAGUCCAGCUUAAAACCGGUUCACGUU